GAGGCGCAUCCCUUUAAACGCGUCCCUGCCUGCCUGCCUGGCGGUCCGCUUCCCUUGUCAAUAUCGUACCUCUCAUGCAUUAAUGCCUUGCGAUGGGAAUCUUUCAAACAUGGCUAAAAGAUACGCCGGUCUGAAGCUGCUGAUCCUACUCGGCUCGCUGGCGAGCUGCGACGCCCUGAGAUGCAACUGCACGGAGUGUGAGAAGACGGGCUACCAGUGCGUGACCGAUGGGGCCUGCAUGGCGUCUACGUCUUUUAUCGAGGGCCAGGAGCACCACAUUCGCAUCUGCAUCACGCGCGAGAAGCUGGUGCCCCCAGGGCAGCCGUUCUACUGCCUGAGCGCCGAGGGGCUGCUCAACACACACUGCUGCUACACCGACUACUGCAACAGCGUCGACCUCAAGGUCCCAUCCGUCACAGCGAAGCCAGGCGAGGACCCGGGCCCGGGGGCCUCCUGGGGCCCCGUGGAGCUGGUGGCAGUCAUCGCGGGCCCCGUCUUCCUGCUGUGCCUGCUUCUCGUCGUGGGCGUCUUUCUGUUCCAGCACCACCAGCGCGCCUACAGCCACCGGCAGCGGCUGGGCGUGGAGGACCCCUCCUGUGACCACCUGUACCUGGCCAAGGACAAGACCCUGCAGGACCUCAUCUUCGACCUGUCCACUUCCGGUUCUGGCUCCGGGCUGCCCCUCUUUGUCCAGCGGACUGUGGCGCGGACCAUCGUGCUGCAGGAGAUCAUCGGGAAGGGACGCUUCGGCGAGGUGUGGCGGGGCAAGUGGCGCGGCGGCGACGUGGCCGUCAAGAUCUUCUCGUCCCGUGAGGAACGUUCCUGGUUUCGUGAGGCCGAGAUCUACCAGACCAUCAUGCUGAGGCACGAGAACAUCCUGGGCUUCAUCGCCGCUGACAACAAGGAUAAUGGCACCUGGACCCAGCUGUGGCUGGUGUCCGAUUACCACGAGCACGGCUCCUUGUUCGACUACCUGAACCGCUACUCGGUCACCAUCGAGGGGAUGAUUAAGCUGGCCCUGUCGGCUGCCAGCGGCCUGGCCCACCUGCACAUGGAGAUCCUGGGCACCCAGGGGAAGCCAGGCAUUGCCCACCGUGACCUCAAGUCCAAGAAUAUCUUGGUGAAGAAAAACUGCACGUGCGCUAUCGCGGACCUGGGCCUGGCCGUCCGCCACGAGUCGGUCACCGACACGAUAGACAUCGCGCCCAACCAGCGCGUGGGCACCAAGAGGUACAUGGCCCCCGAGGUUCUGGACGAGACCAUCAACACCAGGCACUUUGACUCCUUCAAGUGCGCCGACAUCUAUGCCCUGGGCCUGGUGUACUGGGAGAUCGCACGUCGCUGCAACGCGGGGGGUAUCCAUGAGGAGUACCAGCUGCCCUACUAUGACCUGGUACCCUCUGACCCCUCCAUUGAAGACAUGAGGAAGGUGGUGUGUGAGCAGAAGCUCCGACCCAACGUGCCCAACUGGUGGCAGAGUUACGAGGCCCUGCGCGUGAUGGGGAAGAUCAUGCGGGAGUGCUGGUACGCCAACGGCGCAGCGCGGCUGACGGCGCUGCGUAUCAAGAAGACGCUGUCGCAGCUCAGCGUGCAGGAGGACAUCAAAAUCUGAGCCGAGUGGCAGGUGUCAUCGCCACUGAAAGCAGAGCAACUUCGAAAAGUCCUGCCAGUUGAAAAGCCACAAUCUGCGUUGUGACAAGGCCUACCUCACCUCUUCAGCCAAAACUACUGAGAAAGACCACACCCCAGUAACCCUCGCCCCAAAACGUCUGAACACUCCCUUUAGUGACCUCCCUGUUCCCACUGAAGUGGGCCGCAGACUACUACUAUAAUACUACUACUAUACUACUAUAAUACUACUACUAUAUUACUAUUACUACUACUAUUAGUACUACCACUACUAUUACUACCGCUACCACUAUUAUUACUACUACUAGUACUACUACUAUUACUUCUUCUACUACUAUGAACACUCUUACUGCCCUUUUAAUUUAUGAAUUGCUGUACAGUGUUUCUGUACCUUUUCUAUUUAAUCUUUUUAAUCUCCCGACAAAUAACUCCUUCCCCCAUCCUAAGACCAACAUUUCUUAAUUUCUUCUUGUCUGUGUAAAACUGCCCUCUUCCGAUCUGUCGUCUUUGUCAGAAGGUGUUUGACUUUGUACAGAGAGUUGAGGCGGGGGUGGGGUGCAGG